CUCAGACAAUUCCUCAGCAGCUCGCCCUUUCUCUCUUCCGAACUCUUUCUCUGCAUUUUUUCUUGAGUGCUUGCUGGGGCUAGAAUCUUAGAGUAAUAGUCCAAAGAACAGAAAACUUAGAAAGCUUGAACCCAUCUAAAUUUGGACGCGCUCGCUCUACGCUUUGAAUAUCAACCCCGUUUCGACGUAGCACUUGAAGCAGCUUGCUAUUGUUCUUGUUCUUGUCUCGUACAAGGGCGGACGCGACACGUACACGAAUCGAACCGACCAGAAACGCGUGAUCUUGUUCGCUCUUGACGCGACGCGCAUUUGGCCUUCCGACGCGACUCUCCUGAAUCACCUCGCGACGCGACGCACAUCAGCUUUAUAAAGCGUCUUGUAAUCUCUCAUCCACACAACUCAGUUCUCGAACCCGCACGCAUACCACCACCGACCACGAAAUCACAAAUGUCCUCAGCCCCAACAACCCCACACUCCCUCUCCGCGACACUCACCCCUUUCGACCCCGCCUCGUCCCGCGUCAUGAGCACCGUCGCGUCUUCGCCGCCUGAUACUUCUAUCGCCGGGGAUGAUGACCAGAGCAAGGAUGACGAAGAGGACGAGGAAAAGCAAGGGGACGACGGAGACCAUGCGAAUGAUGCGGAUUAUGAGGUGCCUGUGGAUGAUGAUGUUAUGACGACGAAGACGAAGACGAUCGCGGACGAAGACCCAACAGCCCGCCUCCGCCGCCUCGACUACCUCCUCCAAAAAUCCUCCGCCUAUUCCCAGAUGCUCUCCACCCAGAUGGAAGCCGUCCGCGCUAAUGCUGCUCUUCAAGCCCAAGCUCAAUCCAGCCAGUCUAAGCCCGUCGCCAAGGCGGUGGGCAAGAAGACAAACGCGAAAGUGAAGAAAGGACCACGAAAAUCCACGCGCGGAAAGGGACGCGGGAAACGCGCGCUCGAGACAGACGACUCAGACUCAGACUCAGCGGAGGUGACGAGUUCCAAGCGCGCCAAAGUCGAGGAAGAUGGCGCAAGGGAUGAGGAGGAGAAGGAUAAGGAGAAGGCGGCGGCGGCGUUCGUGCAGCCGGAAUUGUUGAGCGGCGCGACGUUGAAGGAUUAUCAGCUCGAGGGCGUCGCUUGGAUGUGGAGUUUGUUCGAUCAGGGGAUUUCGGGGAUAUUGGCGGACGAGAUGGGGCUCGGAAAGACGAUCCAAACUAUCGCGUUUCUCGCACACCUCCGCGGUCGUGUCGGUGGGCUGUCACUGGUCGUUUGUCCGCUGAGCGUGCUGCAUAAUUGGGUGGAGGAGUUUACGAAGUUCGCGCCUGAGAUCCCAAUAUGCAUGUAUCACGGCACGCCCGACGAACGCGCCGAGCUCCGACGCACCGUCAUGCCCCUCAAUGAAGAGAACAUGGCAUCGAAGCCUGAACCGGCCGCUCCUCAGCAUUCUCGUCAUGGACACGGGCAUGGAGAUGAUGACGAGUACGAGCACGGUCAUGGACAGGGAAAGUCUGGACGAGGCCGAGGUGCUCGAGGUAGGGGAAGGCCAAGGGGAAGAGGGAGAGGGAGAGGUGGUAGGGCUACGGAUGCGACUAGUACGAGGAAGAGCGCGAGGAGUAGUACGAGGACGAAAGGGAUGGAUGUCGAUGAGGAGGAGGACACAAAGCCUUCCACUUCCACCUCUGCCACCAAGUCUGGAAAAUCAGCGCAACCGACUCUGAGAGAUUAUUUCGGUGCUAAACCUUCCGCCUCCAAGACCAAGGCUCAGACUACGGAUACCUCCAAGGACGACGAUUCCGAUUCCGAGCCCGCCGAAGACAAAGUCAAAACCGAAGUCAAAGCUGAAGCUAAAGAAGAAGCAGAUCCGUUCCCCCUGCCUCAUCAAGUGACUUCGUUCCCCGUCGUGAUCACGACGUAUGAGAUGAUCAUCAAGGAUAGGAUACAUCUGUCGAAAUAUAAGUGGGGCCAGGUGAUCGUGGACGAGGGCCAUAGGCUGAAGAAUAUGGACUGUAGGCUUAUGCAGGAGGUGAAGAGGUAUGAGAGCGCGUGGAGGAUGGUGUUGAGCGGGACGCCGUUGCAGAAUAAUUUGGCGGAGCUCUGGUCCCUGCUCAACUUCAUCCUUCCCGAUAUCUUCAACGACCUUGAUUCUUUCCAGGAAUGGUUUAACCUCCCCACGCUCUCUUCCACGAUUUCCACCUCCCAAUCCACACAACUCCUCUCCACGCUCCACAACAUCCUCAAACCCUUCCUCCUCCGCCGUCUCAAAGUCGAUGUGGAGAAGUCCUUACCGCCGAAGAAAGAGUACGUGCUCUACGCGCCGUUGAGUGAGCGGCAGAGGGAGGUGUAUGAUGCGAUCGUGAAGGGGGGAUUGAGGGGGAUGCUGGUCGGACGGCAGCAUCUUGCUGAUGAUGCGACGCAGGGAGGAGAGGAGAAGGAGGCGGUGGAUGAGGGAAGGAAGUUGAGGAAGAAGCAGAAGAGGAAGUAUGAUGUCGAUGGGAGCGAUAAGAAGUAUUUCCAGAGUUUGGAGAGGGGGGAGGUGCAGCUCAGACCUGGGGAGGGAAGUGCGCAUAGGCGGGACGAGGGCAAGACGGUGGAGGAGUUGGGGAGGAAGGCUGUUUAUGAUGCGAAGUUGAAGAAGAUAAACAAUCUUCACCUGCAGAACGCAGUGAUGCAGCUCCGCAAAGUAUGCUCCCACCCCUUCUUGUUCGACUGGCCGCUCGACGAAAGGACGAAUCAGCUGGUGAUCAACCAUGAGCUCGUGAAUGCGAGCGGGAAGAUGAUGGUCCUAGAGAGGUUGUUGGAUGAGCUGUUCGAGAGGGGACAUAAGGUGUUGGUGUUUAGUCAGUUUGUGACGAUGUUGGACGUUAUUGAGGACUGGGCGACUGAAUUCAAGGGCUGGCCGUUGUGCCGCAUCGACGGCUCGACGAACGCGCUCGAUCGUAGAGCAGAGAUGAACAGGUUCCAGACUGGUGGCGAUAAACCUGACGCGCCGAGAUUGUUUUUGCUCAGUACAAGAGCGGGAGGCUUGGGUAUCACGUUGACCGCGGCGGAUACGGUCAUCUUUUAUGAUCAGGACUGGAACCCGCAAAUGGACCUCCAAGCCCAGGACCGUGCACACAGGAUAGGACAGACGAGGCCCGUGUUGGUGUUCCGACUCGUGAGCAAGCAUACGAUCGAGAGUAAGAUCAUGGAGCGGGCUUCGGAGAAGAGACAGCUCGAAGCCAUGGUCAUCGCGAAAGGCAAAUUCAAAAUGCCUGUUGGACCUGCAUCAGCCGCCGCAGAGAAACGAGAGACGAUGGCGGAGAUGGCGGCGUCGCUUCUCGCUCUCGAAGGUGAGAAGAUCGAGGUCGUUCCCGAUACCGAGGCGGGGAAGAAGAGUAUCAUGAGCGAUGCGGACCUCGACGCGUUGCUCGAUAGGCGUAAAGAGGUCUUCGAGGGCCGGGGAGCGGGAUGGACUUCUGCUACUGCUGGUGCGGAGAAGGCUGGGAAGGGAGGGAAAGGUGGUAAGAAGGCGAAGGAUGAGGAUGGAAAGGAUGGGGAGGGCGAUAGGAAGGGAUUGUUCGAGGUCUAUGAGGCGCCGAAGGAUGAGGGGAAUGAGGCGUUAGCGAGGAUGAUGGCUGAGGACGAGCCGGCUGAGUUUUGAGGAUUAGCGACGUCUCGCUGGAUUCGAGUGACUCGGUUGGGAUGUGGUCAUUUCUCCAUGGGUCGUUCUUGUCCUCGAGGGUCGUGUCGGUGGGUAUAGUAUAGAGGAUACUGCUUGCACGAUCCUUGGGGGGUUCACGUCGUUGUACAUUUGUACAUAUCUUUAUCGCAUACUAGUAUUGUCGUUUAGCUUUCGUCUCGUUUUCGCGUUGUUUAUCGUCGUCUACUACUGUAAUAUACUUAGAUCAUCUUCUAUCGCAGGAAUA